AUGUCCUCUCUCCUACGCCUCUCAGCCGCUCUACGCACCCUCCGCACCCCCCAUCCCACCACCAAACCCCCCGCCUUCUUCUCCCCAACCCGGCCGCCACCCCGCUCCCUCAACCUCCCCCGUUCCCGGCACUACUCCUACCACAACCCUCUCCCCUCCUAUGAAUCCCAAGUAAGCGCCAACACCAAAGUCCUCUACACCCUCAUGGGCACCAACAUCGCCGUCUUCGGCUACGCCAUGUACAUCCAGCAGCAAGCCGCACAAGGCUUCCCUGGGCCAUGGCACCGCUUCCUCCGAACCUGGACGCUCAAUUACUCAGAGUUCAAAAACGGAAACUACAUUCCCAUUCUCACGGCGAACUUUACGCACAUCAAUGCUUUCCACCUCUUUUCCAACCUCUUCACGUUUUAUUUUCUCGGCCAGUUCCUCGCAUCGGCUGCGCCGCUCAUUACGCCAGCGAGGUUUUUGACCGUCGCGUUGGGAUCGGGCUUGUCUGGGAGCCUGGGGUACUUGCUUUCGAGGUCAUAUAAGAUGAGGGACCAGGGCCCCCGCGCGCGCGAUACAGUGAGGGGAAUGGGGUUUUCGGGCGUCGUCAUGGGGGUUAGUAGUUUGGCGGCUUGUUUGGCGCCGCAUGCCAAAGUAUAUAUCUAUGGGAUUGUGCCUGUGCCGCUUUGGGGACUGGUUGCGGGUUACGCGGUGUAUGACGGGUAUUUUGUUAAUAGUGCGAAUACGACGAUUGCGCAUGGGGGUCAUUUGGGGGGUUUGGCUUUUGGGCUUUUGUACUAUUUUGCAAAGCUGAGGGGGAUGAGGUUUUGAAUGUGAAAUUAAAGCUUCAGCUAUUCGAAAUCUUGUGUAAUUUCAAUUUCCCAUACUAUCUCUUUACCAGGCAGUAAGUACCACACCUACGUCCAUGAU